CUUGCGUUUCUCUCAAUCGCCAUUCGGUCCUUCCCUCGAACUCUGCCUGCUCUUCCUCCGACCGCCUCCCGUUCCCACGUCUGUUCCGCCUCCGCUGCAAGUCUUUGUUGGAUGGAAUAAGGGAAGGCGACUAGCUUGCUGGCAUUAAGGAGCCCGACCUGAUCCUCUCCUCUCCCAAUCCAUUCGGCGUAUCUUCCGCCUACUCUUUGCUUUCCUGUUCAAACGCUGGCGGGGCCGUCUGUUGGUCCUGCGGGCUCCCCAUUCUGAAGGCAUGAGCGGAAUCACGAACGCCUGUCUGUCCUGCUUCUCGACAGUUGACCGAUGGUGCCAUAUCUCAGCUUGUCUCGGCCCGAUCGGAGGCCGCUCAAGGGAUGGCAUUUAUGAAACCACUUUGGCAGACAACGAGCGCGAAGCAGUUUCCGAUCUUCUGGGUUACCUUGAAAACAGGACCGAGACCGACUUCUUCGCCGGUGAACCCCUUCGGGCUUUGAGUACCCUCGUCUAUUCCGAUAACGUCGAUCUCCAACGGAGCGCCAGUCUGACAUUCGCUGAAAUCACGGAGAGAGAUGUGCGCGAGGUCGAUCGAGACACGUUGGAGCCCAUCCUCUUCUUGUUGCAGAGUUCGGACAUUGAAGUUCAACGUGCUGCCAGUGCAGCUCUAGGCAACUUGGCUGUAAAUGCGGACAAUAAGGUGCUGAUCGUCGCUCUGGGAGGACUGGCUCCUCUAAUACGGCAGAUGAUGUCACCAAAUGUGGAAGUGCAAUGCAAUGCAGUCGGUUGCAUUACAAACUUGGCUACCCAUGAGGAUAAUAAGGCCAAGAUCGCUCGAUCCGGUGCCUUGGGCCCGUUGAUCCGUCUAGCGAAGUCGAAGGACAUGCGUGUACAACGAAAUGCCACGGGGGCGUUGCUGAAUAUGACACACUCGGGUAGGUUGCGAGGAUCCCAAGACGGAGUGGCUCUGCUAACAUUGCGAUCCAUAGAUGAUAACCGACAACAACUUGUCAACGCCGGCGCUAUCCCCGUCCUUGUCCAAUUGCUCUCCUCUCCCGAUGUGGAUGUACAAUACUACUGCACUACCGCCCUCAGUAACAUCGCUGUCGACUCGUCGAAUCGCAAGCGCCUGGCUCAAACUGAGUCCAGACUGGUUCAAUCACUGGUGCACCUGAUGGAUUCGUCAACACCCAAGGUCCAAUGCCAAGCGGCGUUGGCACUGCGCAACCUUGCCUCGGACGAGAAAUACCAGCUCGAAAUUGUUCGAGCCAAGGGUCUUCCGCCCCUAUUGCGACUGCUGCAGUCAUCCUACCUUCCUCUCAUCCUUUCCGCCGUCGCGUGUAUCCGCAACAUCUCCAUCCAUCCCCUGAACGAAUCGCCUAUCAUCGAUGCGGGCUUCCUCAAGCCCCUGGUGGACCUGCUGGGAUCGACCGAUAAUGAGGAAAUUCAGUGCCACGCUAUCUCGACCCUCCGGAACCUUGCCGCAAGCUCGGAUCGAAACAAGGAGCUGGUCCUGCAGGCCGGCGCUGUUCAGAAGUGCAAGGACCUCGUCCUCCGUGUGCCCCUCAGCGUUCAGUCGGAAAUGACUGCUGCGAUCGCGGUUCUGGCUCUGAGCGACGAGUUAAAACCGCAUCUCCUUAACCUGGGGGUGUUUGACGUUCUGAUUCCUUUGACUGAAUCGGAAAGUAUUGAAGUGCAAGGGAACAGCGCUGCGGCGCUGGGGAAUCUUUCCUCUAAAGUGGGUGACUACUCCAUUUUUGUGCGUGAUUGGGCAGAUCCGAACGGAGGUAUUCACGGAUACCUCAACCGCUUCCUCGCCAGUGGCGACCCGACAUUCCAGCAUAUCGCCAUCUGGACUCUGCUUCAACUUCUGGAAUCCGAGGAUCAAAGACUCAUCGGAUAUAUCGCCAAGUCCGACGAUAUCGUUCAGAUGGUCAAGUCCAUCUCCGACAAGAAUAUCGAAUCGGACGAGGAGGAUGCUGAAGACGGGGAAGGCGAGGUCAUUGCGCUGGCUCGGCGAUGCCUCGAAUUCCUUGGGAACGGUCACAAGCUUGUAGAAGCCUAAACAAUUCCUCCCUUGACCUUGACCCUCACCUCAUCUAACGACCUGUGUAUGGCUUUGGACCAACCCCUUUCACUUCCCUAUUUAUCUUCGACCGACUUCUUUUCUUCUCUAUCUGUGUUCCCACUGCCGUUCUUAUCUAUAAGUUGAGCCGCCUUGUGUUCCAAUGUGUUGACCCAUUGAUGUCUAGCUGUCCAAGGUGUUAAGCGGGCAUGUGCUUCGGUGUCUCUUUUGAUUCGUGUCAGCGAGCAUUCGGUGUGCUUGAGAUCGUUGUCCGUUUGUUGUCUAUAGUCACUUCUCCGAGGGAGAACUGACGCUGUGCCGACUUUUAAUUGUGUCUGCGCAUAAUACUGUAUUCACCGUUAGAGGAUUUCGAGUCUAUACUUGCAAUACAUUGAUACCAUGAUUAUAAUA